CUGAAGACCAUAGAUCAGGAAAUUGAGGUUGUGGACCAGGAACUGAAGACCAUGGAUCAGGAAAUUGAGGUUGUGGACCAGGACCUGAAGACCAUGGAUCAGGAAAUUGAGGUUGAGGACCAGGAACUGAAGGCCAAGGGUCAGGAAAUUGUGGUUGAGGACCAGGAACUGAAGGCCAAGGGUCAGGAAAUUGUGGUUGAGGACCAGGAACUGAAGGCCAAGGGUCAGGAAAUUGUGGUUGAGGACCAGGAACUGAAGGCCAAGGGUCAGGAAAUUGAGGUUGUGGACCAGGACCUGAAGACCAUGGAUCAGGAAAUUGAGGUUGAGGACCAGGAACUGAAGGCCAAGGGUCAGGAAAUUGAGGUUGAGGACCAGGAACUGAAGGCCAAGGGUCAGGAAAUUGUGGUUGAGGACCAGGAACUGAAGGCCAGGGGUCUGGGUAUUGGGUCCCAGAUCUGGGGACAAAGUUGAAGACGUCGGCUGAAUCACUU